UCCACUUUGACUUGCUUCAAAUAACUGUAUGCGCAACGUUGAAUAUGUUAUAUCUUCUCCGCAUAUGAAAGGAGAGAUAAUUCGAACAUUUAGUGCUCCUCCUGGACACGACUAUUUCAAUACCUUUGAUGCUCGCAACGUAGUCUCGAAACAAACACAAACACGCAGCCGCAUACCAUGGGCGGACAAGCCUUUGCAAAGGCCGGCCCAGACGGAUCUGCCUUGAAUGUGCCGCGAAUGCCGACAUCUACCUAUCAGGCCUUGUCCUCAGAGAUCCAGCGGAAACUCCAGACCAUGUUUCGAAAUGUCGCUUUACCUCGAGAAGCACCUGGGAAAGCAGACCACGGCGACAUUGACGUGUUGGUCGAAGGGGCAAUGACUCAAUGGAAUCCGGAUACGCUCAAAGAGUUGCUUGGGGCCGAGUACUUUUACGACAACGGCGGCACCAAGUCCUACGCUGUCCCAUAUGCCGAUUCGCCUGACGAAUAUUUCCAAGUUGAUGUGGAGAUAUGUCCAGGCGAGGGAACUCCUGAUAGUACUGAUCUCUUCAAGUGGACGCUCUUCCUCAAGUCCGAUUCGGACCUAUUGCAGAUAAUCGGCAUUUGCCACAGGUCCCUUGGGAUCAAAUGCAACGACAGGGGCCUUCAUCUUCGAGUACCAGAAAUCGAGUCGUAUAACAAGAAGAAAUCCCUCCUGUUCCUUACCAGAGACCCAGACGAGGCAAUGAAGUUCUAUGGACUCGACACAGCAAAGUACUGGGAGGGGUUUCGCGACGAGGAAGAGCUGUUUGAGUGGGUUGCGAAUGGCAGGUUCUUCCACCCCUCCAUAUUCGAUACUCGACAGGAGAAGGCGAACGAUCGAGCUCGCCAGAGGAAGCGCCCGAUGUACAGCAGGUUCGUAGAGAACUUUAUGCCACGUCGUAUCGAAGCCGGCUCAGAGAACGAGCCCUGGACUCCCGAACAGGUUCGCAAAGAAGCUCUGGACACGUUCGGCAAGCACAGAGAAUACGAGGAGAUGUUGGCUGAGCACAGAACUCGAGAACGGGACAUUGCUAUCUGGGAGCGUGUGAAGGAGGCUCUUCCGGUUCAGGGGAAGCAAUUGACUACGGCACUAAGAUCAUUGCGCCGCUGGGUUGACUUCAAGGAUGGUCACCCUUUUAUUACGUCUGAAGCCAUGAUUACGGAACAACCUCUUUGGGGAGCUGCCGUCGUCGAUGAGGAACUUGUACUGAGUUGGGUGAGGGAAAAUUGGGAGCAAGUGAAGAAGCUGGAGAGAGCACGCGUGGUAAGUCUGGAGCAGGGGUGCUUGAGAUAUGGAAAGACGAUAGAGUACACGGCUAUGUAUAGAGUAGAGUGAGGCGGGAGAAUAAAGACAAGGCCCACAUCGAAGUCGAGACGAGGAGAGUUGACACAGACGCUGAGAGGACGAAAGGAGCAUGCA